CGUCGUACGCCCUUCUGUCAGCGACGGCGGAGACGGUGGCGGGGGAGGCCGCGCUGCUGGCAGCGACUACGAGCCCGGCGAGGUCCGCCGAGAGCCUCUCCCUUAUUCUCGUUCCGAUCGAUACUCUGACGAUCCUGCUUUGAAUGUUGCCUACAAGAACUUGGGUCUUGAGGAAGGCAUGUUGGUGUGAGUGCAAUCUUGGAUCAUGAUCUCUGGGUUUUCUAUCAUAUUAUGGUUAUUAUGGUUUUGGGUAAUGUCAUCUAUCAAUAUUAUGAAUGGUGUACAGGCAUAGGCAUCCUUUGUUGUGAAGCCGUUGCCAUUUGUUUUGGUUUGGAAUGGUGUGGGCUAACUGAAUAUGGCACCAGCUUCAGCAAUAUGUGGGUUUUAAAUUUCAAAGUGACUAAAUUGCAUUUUUACGAGGUAUUUGCCUUUAAGGAUACUGAGUUAAUGGUAAUGACAAAUGGUUUGAGGGAUGUCUGCUUGUCAACCAUAAUUAUGUGAGGUUGGAAUGUCGGUUGUAAGUAACACUAUGACAAUGAGGCUGCUACAUGUUGGGUUCAAUGGCUUUGUUUAGUGGUGCUGCAGGCUUAUCAUUUCUUGUUCCUGGCAUUCUGUCAUGGGAUAAAAAGUUUGUGGAUGGAAGUGCAUGAUAUUGAACUUCCUGGUAACAGAUAAAUUCUAGCUGCUACUUGGAUUUGUGGAAUGGAAUUAUCCUUGUGGGAAUCAGGGACUUGACUGGGUUUUUGUUUUUUAGUUUUCUUUUUGUCAUUUCAAUGGUUUGAGAUGAUUUGAUUGUUUAUUGGGUGUUAAGUGCAUAAAGACCGGGACUUCUUUUCGCAUGUUGCUUGUCUACAUUCUGUUAGACUCUUUAGGUUUGUUUUUUGCUUGUGUAAUGGGUGGCAAAUUUAGUUUGGGUUGAUACAGGUCACUUAGACUCUGAUGAUUGUUUCCAUGGGGCAAUCCCCUUUACUUUUGUGGGUGUAAACUUCUGGGCAAGCAUAACCAACGGCAGUUUGGAAACUGACAGAUAACACCGCGGGAAAUCGGGCAUGCCAAUACAACUUCAGGCCCCCAUGGUUUUUAUGGAUUGUGGUUUUGGGUGGAAAUUAUAGGAUCAUGUUCUUUUGAGAUGUCUGGUUGAACCUUUUUAAAAUUGCAGAGAUGGUUUUUGAGAAUAAGUGGACAAAUUGGUAGCUGGUUGAUUUUCAAAUUUUUGGCUACUGUUAAACUGUGGUGGGCUGCUGUUGGUGGUUUGUCCUGGAUAUGGUUUCUGCUGUUAGUUUUAUGGAUCUCUUUCAAAAGGGGUGUUUUGACUAAAGUUCUUGGAACAAACUCGUGCUUGGGUUAGAGAUCUUCUUUGUGGAUGUCUGUAAGCUAGGAUUAUAUCAAUCUGUUGUAUCUCCAGGCUGGAGAUACUGACUAUGUUCGAGCCUGUUGCUGCCAACGUUCUUAGAAUGAAGUUUUGGCUGCCCCAGAUUCAUUAAUUUUGGAAUUGGUAGAUCGGUAGAUAGGUUAAAAAGGAUAUAGAAUGCAUGCAGGUUCUGGUUCUCCUGCACGCCGCAGGGAUGCAGAUCAUCGGUACAGUUCUGAUUUUGAUCAUUCAGGGGGUCCACCUAGAGGUCGUGAAUUUGGUGGUGGGAGAGAUCCUGGUAGAUUUCGAGACUCUUCACCCCCUUAUGCUAGAGGAAGAGUUGGUGGCAGAGCACCAGGUAGAGGUUUUGAGGGGCCUGGAUUUGGUCCAGGCCCUUUCAGAGGUGAGGGCGUCAGUAGGAAUAAUCCCAAUGUGCGCCCAAGAGAAGGAGAUUGGAUUUGCUCUGAUCCUUUAUGUGGCAACCUGAACUUUGCAAGAAGAGAGUAUUGCAACAACUGUAAGAGGCCUCGAUACAGUCCUGGGGGAAGUCCUCGGAGGGGCUAUCCCGGCCCUCCACCCCCACAUGCUCCUCCUAGACGCUUCCCUGGUCCUCCUUUGGAUAUUUCCCCAGUCAGGACCAUGAAUGGGUAUAGAUCUCCUCCUCGUGGCUGGGCCAGAGAUGGCCCUAGAGAUUUUGGGCCUGGUGGUCCUCCACCUGCUAGACAUGGAGGCAGGUUUCCUGAUCAUGACGUGCGGAGAGUUCGGCCUGAUUAUCCUGAUGAUGACUACCGGGGGAGGAACAAAUUUGAUAGAGCAAUGCCAGUGGACUGGGGUCAUAGAGAUCGAGGAAGGGAUAACUUUUUUAAUGAUAGGAAAGGGUUUGAGAGGCGGUUGCCCUCUCCACCUCCACCACCUCCACCGCCUGGUCUCCCUCAACGCGGUCGGUGGGGGCGGGAUGUGAGAGAGAGGAGCAGAUCACCAAUUAGAGGUGGGCCGCUAGUGAAAGAGUAUCGGCGAGACAUGUACAUGGAGCGAGGCCGAGAUGAUCGGCGUGGAAUGGGAAGGGACAGGAUGGGAGAUGUGUAUUAGUGCACAUGGCGAGUUUUUGGACCUUGCAUGAGUAAAAUGGGUAAUAGGUGUGUUUUGUAUGUUGAGUAAAGAUUCUGUGACUGCCUUUUUAUUUUUUGGAACCAAUUGUGGCAGGCAUCUUAGAACUUGAUUUAUUGAUUUUGCUUCAGCUUA